AUGAUGAUACACAUGCACCACUUAAAUAUUCAAGAUCAACAUAAUGAUCUUUCAUUACAGGACUUUCGAUACUAUACUCAACUUGAGUAUUCAACUCCACAAGACGAUGGACUGUAUAAGACAUUCUUAACGUUUCAGAAUGUCACUCCACCAGAAGCUGGAACAAGAUAUAUUGCUAUUGAUCAAGGUUCUGCAUCGCCUAAAUAUAUUCGAUCAUCGAUGUAUUAUAUGCCUGAGUCAGAAGUAUUAAGAAGUGCAUCUAAAUUACCAGUUUCUGUAACCAUUCGACCAUUUGCUCCUUUAUUAGAUACUGAAGAUCCAGUGCCAGUGGUUGAUAUGAAAAGAGAUUAUUUACAAACUGGUGGUGAUGAUCCAUUAAGUAAAGGACCAAUUAGAUGUAGAAGAUGUAGAACAUAUGUUAAUGCAUCAUUUCAAUUCACAAAUAAUAACAAAUUCAUUUGUAAUAUUUGUCAGUUUGCUAAUAAUUCUGUACCUGAUGAUUAUGUAUCUUAUUUAGAUAAUCAAGGUUUAAGAGUUGAUCGAUUUCAAAGACCGGAAUUACAUAAGGGAGUUUAUGAUUUACUUGUUCCACCGGAAUAUAAUUUCGGAGGUUUAGAGAAACCGGCUGAAUCAUUACAUCAUGUGUUCUUAAUAGAUAUUAGUGAACAAUCCAUUAAACAAAAUGUAAAUACCGUAAUUGCGGAUUCUAUUAGAGCCACUCUUUAUGGACAACAACAACCAGAACAACAACAACAAGCUUUAAAAGUCAGUAUCAUUGCCUUUGAUAAAAGAUUGCAUUUCUAUAACUUAUCGGCAGAUUUAGACACUACUCAAGUAGUAGUGUCUUCAGAUUUAGAUGAUCCAUUUGUUCCAUUCUUUGAAGGAUUAUUUGUGGAUCCUCAUGAUAGUAGAAAUGUCAUUGAAGAUGCAUUAAAUCAUUUGGAAAGACUCAAUUCCGAUGAUCAUUAUUUAGAAGCUGAAUCAUGCUUUGCUGUAGCUUGUAAAACUGCCAUGUUGGCUCUUGAACAAGUAGGUGGAGGUAAGAUAACUGCAGUUCUUGCAAGUUUACCAUCUUGGGGUCCAGGAGCUCUUAGAAUAAAAGAUAAUAAAGCUAUAGGACGUAGUGGUAUUGGAAGUAUUGAAGUUGAAAAGUCUCUUUACUUGGCAGAUAAUGAUUAUUAUAAAGCUUUACAAAAGGAAUUUAUUGAUAAAUCAGUAGGAAUGGAUUUACAUGUAAUUUCUAAUGCCUCAGUAGAUUUAUCUAAUGUCGGAUGGUUAGCUUCUGUAUCUGGUGGGAAAGUAUAUAGAUGGUCUAAUUUCCAUGCUGAAAGAGAUGGACGAGCAUUAACUUCGAGAAUUAAUGAUUCUAUUACUGCUACUACUGGUUAUCAAGGUCAAUUGAAAGUCCGUUGUUCUAAUGGAUUACAAGUGUCUCAAUACUAUGGUACUUCAUCUUCAGUAGCCGAAACUUCAGUAGCAGGAGGUAUUCAAGAUCCGGUAGUGCCUAUCUUAUCGAAAGAUCAAACAUUUACGGUCCUUUUUGAAUAUGAUGGGAAGUUAAAUAAACGUUAUGAUUGUCAUAUUCAAGUGGCUCUAUUGUAUACUGACCCCGAGGGAAUUCGAAAAGUUAGAAUCAUUAAUUUGGUAUUGGCAGUCUCUGAAAGAUUAGAAGAAAUCUUUGCCUUUGCUGAUGAAAAUGCUGUGGUAACCACCAUUAUAAGAGAUUCACUUUCAUUUGUUGGGAAACAGCCCCUUAAUGAACUUCGAGAAUCAGUUAAUCAGAAAUUAGUCGAAGUGUUCACUCAGUAUAGAGCCAUGGAAGAGUAUGGACAUAAUAGUUCUCGAACAUUAACUAAUCAAAUGUUAUUUCCUACGAGUCUAAAGAAUUUACCCCAUUAUUUAUUGGCCUUUAUAAAGACUAAAGCCAUUAGAAAUUCAAGUACCAUCUCGGCUGAUUCUCGAUUACAUGAUAUAUAUGAUAUGUUAACUAUGCCAAUUGAUAAAUUAAUGUAUCAUUUAUAUCCAGCAUUAGUUGAAUUACAUUCUUUAACUGAUGAACAAGGAUUAAUUAAUGAAUCUACUAAUCUAUUAUCUUUACCAUUAUAUAAGGCACCAUCCAUUAAAUCAAUGGAACCAGGAGUUUAUAUCUUAUGUAAUGGAUCUAAAGUAUAUGUAUGGGUUGAUCCUCAUGCUAAUAUACUUCUUAUAAAGGAUUUAUUUGGUGAUCAUAUCGAAUCACCCGAUGAAUUAGAUCCAUUAAUGGAUGAAUUACCCGCAAUUGAUACCACCAUAUCUAUUCAAGCUCGAAAUAUAAUUCAAUAUUUUAAUGAAUAUUUAAUUGGAACCAGUACUUUAGAAAUGGGAGGGAUUCAAUUAGUUAGACCAGGAAUUGAUGGAUCCGAAAUUGAAUUUAGAGAAGCUCUUGUAGAUGAUAGUUUACAUGGAACUCUUGCUACAUCUAGUGGACCUAAUAUUGCCGAUUAUUUAUCUAGUUUACAUAAGGCUAUACGAGUUCAACUUGAAAAUGAUAAAGUUAAACAAUCAGUCACUGCUACUGAGGUUCAUCAUGAUACUUUAGCCCAAAGAAUGAUUCAUUUUUAG